AUGUUGAAUACCAUCACCAUCGCACUUUUACCGAUCUUGCUCGGUCCAGUCAUCAGUGCUAGUGCCAUUCCCAUCUCUACUAGACAAUUCUCAGAGCCGGAUCUCGGUCCAGCAGUCAAGAUUCAACCAAUCUCAUACGAUGAUUUAUGUUUGACAGUAAUUGGACCGAAGUUGGUCCCAGGAGCAGCCGUAGAACUAGCGACUUGUUUCGAUUCCUCAGAUUCUAAUGUCAAUCAUCAACAAUGGCACGGAUGGUCCAAUGACCCAAACCAGCAAUUCACCUUGUCCAUUCAAGAUAAUGAUAAUAGAUAUUGUCUAGACAAAGGUGAAAAGCCUAAUGGCGAUGGAGACUCUCAAGAAUUCAAUGGAACGAAAUUGAAAUUGACUGAAUGUUCGAAUGGUGUACCGAAUUCGCAAUUGUGUGGAUAUGAUCAAAGUAAUAAUCAAUUGAGAUUCGUUGAUAUCUUCGCACCUAACACUGAUAGCAAGAAAAGAUGUUUGGAUGUUGUCGAAGAUUCUCAAUCGUACCAACCUGAUGGACUUGAAUUUAGCGUUCAGAAGAGUGUACAACUCUGGGAAUGUGUCGAUGGAAAUACCAACCAGAUCUGGCGAUCGACCGAUGCCUAA